AUGUUGAUAAAAUUAUAUUGGUAUUCUAUUGCUGUAGAAUGUCAAUGGUUUUUUUUGAGUCAAAGUGAAUCACUUAAAAUCUUAUUAUGUAAAUCAAAUGUGUGUGAAUCGAAUUUAGAAACAUUUUUAUGUUUAGCGUUAAAGUACGGUCCACUAAAUACUAGAGAGAAUAGUAAAUCUUUUAAAGAAUACAAUGAAGAAAUAAUUAUGAACAACUGCCAUCUAGUUUUAAGCUGUUUAAAUUUGCCACGAGAUUUUAGUCAUUUUAUACCUUGUCCAUACCUUGUACCAUACAAUUUGUAUCAUACAAAAUUUAAACAAAAAUACUUUUUCUCUCUCUCUCUCAAUAUCAAUGUAAUAUUCAUUAAUUUGAUUUCACUUGAAUCAAUGAUGUUCAUACUUCUAUUAUGCAUUUCAAGUUCAACUUUAAAGGAAACUAUAGCAAAUUCUGCCGUAGUUGAUGUGAUGGAGGAUGCUCGACCUGGAACAAUAAUUAUAGAUAAUUUAGAACACAGAUUUCCUUCACUCAAAAGUGGUGAAUUCAAAUCUUCUUAUUUUGCAAUUGGAAAUCCAUCAAGUCCUGGGAUAAAUCACUUGGAAAUACGUCGGCAUAGAUUUGAUAAUUCUGUUCAACUUGUUGUUAAAGAUGGACAGAAUGGUCCAGACCGUGAAGAACUUUGUGGAGCACGGGAAACUCAAUCGGACUCUCAAAUGCCUUUCUGUGAUAUCUCUUUAAUUAUUUUACAUGGUAAACGCCAUGAACCAUCAUACGGAAAACUGACGCUCCGUAUUUUGGAUAGAAAUGACAAUAGUCCUAUCUUUGCUAAGAGAGACACAACGGAGCUUCGAAUACCAGAGAGUAUAGAAAGUUUUGAGAUGGUAGGCAGCCCUACAAGUCAUCCUCAAAUGUUACAUCCCAACAAUAAACCAAUUUCAGGAAAUCCAACUACUCUCGAACUACCUAAAGCUCAUGACAUAGACUUACCAGAGAAUGGAGUUAAAACAUACCGACUGACAACUGUUUCAGGUCAUGAAAUAGAUAAAACCUUAUUCAACCUGAUUGUGAAUAAUGAUAACGAAAACAAAAUUGGUAACAGUUUCCCAGUUCCUCUUUUACGCAUUGUUGGUUUACUUGAUAGAGAAAAACAAGAUGAAUAUUGGUUUCAUUUACUUGCGAUUGAUGGGGGUAAUCCGAAAAGAACAGGUUCACAAACUAUCCACUUAGUAGUAACAGAUAUUAAUGAUAACAUUCCAAAAUUUAGAAAACCGAUUUUUCAUUUUCCAACAUUUAUAUCCACCUCAGAUUUGUAUGGUAAUGGUGAUACUCAGGAAUUUUUGAAAAUCCCAGAAACACAAUCACCCGGAACACCAAUUGUAACAUUAAUAGCUGAUGAUCCAGACAAAGAUUUAAAUGGUCAGAUCACUUAUCGUCUCAAAGAGUCGUUGAGCAGUGAUCGAAAUGCUAUUUCAUUACAAUGGUUUGACUUGGAAACAACCAAUGAUGAUCGUCAUGGAUCUAGUUGGUCUGAUUUAAAUAGAGAACACAGUGGUCGUUUAAUAAAACUAGUUGUAGAAGCUGUAGAUGCUGGAUCACCUUCAUUAACAGGAAGUAUUGAACUUUUAAUUUUAGUUGAGAACAUUAAUGAUAAUGAACCUGUUAUAUCUGUACAAUAUACUCAACCAAUUCAAACUGGAUCUGAAUUUCAUAGUAGUGUUAAAGGUAAAAUUGUCGGUAGUUUACAAGAAAAUCAAAAUGAACCAUUAACAAUUGCACAUUUAACUGUAGAAGAUGGUGACUUUUUUGAAAGCAAUAAUGGAGCUAUCUCAAAUGUACUAGAAGUUCAUUGUGAAACUAAUGAUACAAGAUUCUUGUUAGAAAAAGUGUCCAACUUAAAUUAUGCUGAUCGCUCAGAUUCUUAUGGAUUAUCUAUUGCUCAUUUUAGUUCACCAUUAUUAUUUUAUAAAAUGUCAUCAUUAAAAUCAAUUGAUCGAGAGGUAGAACCAUGGAUUUUUGUAAAAAUAAUUUGUGUUGAUCAAGUGCAAGUAAGUUAUGCAUUAAGUGGUUAUCAAAAUAUUGGCAAAUUGAUUCAACCAAACCGAUUAACUGGUAGUACUACGGUAACUAUUAAAGUAUUAGAUGUGAAUGAUAACAUUCCUGAAUUCUCCAAUCGUAAUUAUCAAUUCAGUGUGUUUGAAACACCUUCAAUAUCAAUGAAUUCAAUUAAAAAUGUGUUUGAUGAUCAGUCAAAAGUUGAAAUCGGUAGAGUGAGUGUAAAUGAUCAAGAUGAAGGAGUAAAUAGUGAAGUUACUUAUAGUUUUUUAUCAAGUGGAAAUGAUGCAUUCAAGAUUGAUGAAAAUACAGGAAUAAUAUGGCGAGUUGGUUUUAUAGACAGAGAAAAAAUUAGUCAAAUGGAACUGGUAGUUGAAGCUCGAGAUCACGGAGAACCAAGUUUAAGUAGUACUACAAUGAUCAAAAUUGAAGUGCUUGAUGUAAAUGACAAUCCACCUUACUGGAUUAUGCCCUCUACAAAUGAUAGAGAUAAAGAAAUUCGUCGAAGUGGCCCUGAUGAUGGAGUAUACUAUUUUUCAUUGAAUGAAGAUGCCGCGAUUGGCAGUGUCGUAGGAACUAUAAGUGCAGUGGAUACUGAUGGUAUAGCCGAAAGUGAAAUGAUUGAACAAAUCAUAGAAAAUCAAAACCCUGUAAAGUCACAAAAAACUAACUUUGGCAACUUACUUGGAACAUCAUCAUCUAUAACUUAUCAAUUAGAAAAUGAAGGUGAUAGUAAGAUAUUUUCAAUUAAUCCACGCAAUGGAAAUAUACGUCUUAAUAAACAUUUAGACCGUGAAGUUCGAGCUCAUUAUGAAUUUCGAGCGUUUGCAAUUGAUGCAAUGUUGAAAUCUGUCAAACCAUCACAAAACAAUCCAUAUUUAGUGAAUAAAUGGCAACAUCAGUAUACAGCUACAGCUACAAUCAUCAUUACUGUACUGGAUGUAAAUGACAAUGCACCAAUAUUUGAAACACCAUUGAAUGGUCAAGAAUUUCACAUUGAACCUGGCUCUUCAAUGGCUACAGCAGGUACAACAUUAUUCACUGCCAAAGCACAUGAUCCAGAUGUUGGUGAUAAUUCAUUAGUCAGGUAUUCUUUAGAUAAUAAUGGUUAUGGUAUAGUAGAAAUUGAUUCAACAACUGGUGUCUGUUAUUUUCGUGAAACAGUACAACAACAUUCUUUAAUGGCUAAAUUAAUUGCAUCGAAUCAACAUGCAAUCAGUGAAAGAACCUCAAAUCAAUUAAUCAAUGCUAAUAAUUUAAUGUCAUCAUCAGAGAAUUUAAUUACAAAUCGUGCACAUGAAUUACAUUCAUUCAGUUUAAGUCUUACUGUGAUUGCUAGGGAUUUAGGUACACCAUAUUCAUUGAAUAAUUCACGUACUGUAAAACUUGUCUGGACUACAGAAUCACAAUUAAAAUCAUUCAAUGUAGCUAAUAAUGACUUGCUGACUAGUAAUACAUUUGGUCAUACAUUCGGAUUUCUCUCCGAUAAUCGUUUAUCAAUGGAUAAAUUAAUAAUUCCAUUGAUUAUUGGUGCUAUUCUCUUAUUGUUUAUUAUCUUUUUAAUAUUGUUCGGUGUAUUUCGCUGUCGUAAACAAUCGAAUAAAACAUUGACUAAUAAUAAACAGUUAUUCAUAAAUUCAACUUAUUCAUCAAAAUUGAAUAAGUCAUUAAACCAAAAUCAUAAAAAUGAUACGAAUUAUUUAGAUCAGAAUAGUACAAAUCAUUGGUGUUUAUGCAUCAAUAAAUAUUCUAGAAAAUUUUCAAAACAUGAACGAGUGGAAGAACUGAAAAAAUCAAUAAAAAUUUUGGAAAACACUACUAAUACUGUCAAUACAAUGAAUAACAACACCAACAAAAUGAAUUCAAAUAAUGCACAGAAUGAUUUUAUUGUAAAUGAUUAUGGUGAAUUUAAUACAAGAAAUAGAGAUAAUACUGAUAAAGGAUUACCAAGAGGUAGAAAUGCACAAGCUGAAGUGUUUUUGAAGACAUGUCUACCAGAUUGUGUUCCAUCGGUUACUGGAGGACAGAUCGAUCAAGCAUGGGCAUGUAACGAUGACAAGACACGUUUCAAAUGGAAUGAAAUACAAUCUUAUCAUCCAGAUUGUUUUCAAAAACAACAUGCAUCGAACAGACGUUUGACUCGUACAUUUUCAGAUGAUUCCGUAGUUAAUAUUCGCCAAUUUGAUGUUGGAUAUACAGCAUUAUGUGCUUAUCCAAGUUCACCACAUAAUCAUUCUCAGUUUAUACCAAUUCAACCAGAUAUAAAUUUUGAUUCAUAUUAUAAUGAGCAAAAACCAACCAAUCAUCUGUUGUUUAGUCCGUAUUUCAAUAGAAAAUCACAAGUAUCCAGUAGUGGGACCAGUAAUUUUAAUAAUUCAAAAAUUCCCGUACAUUCAACAUUACCAAUGCCUUUUACACCAUCGGAACUAUCUACUGGUAAUAGAGUACUGGAACCAGGCUCGAUUAUUGAAACAGUCUCUUCUUAUUGCGCUCCAAUAGGUUUACCUAAUAAUACAUGUCAGAUAUCAUAUCCAUCUAUGCAAACAAUUCCAUCAUCUUAUGAUUUUGGACAAAAUUCUAAUGGAUGGACUGAAAAAUAUGAAGAAUUUGAAAGUGAUAAAGAAUUAGCAGCACUAUCAAAAUUAACAGAAAAUUCACGUACUCAUUGGAAACCAAAACUGGCAGAUGCAUAUGCAGAGAAUUCUUUUGUUUAA